CCACUUUUGUGUUUUUUUUUGUUUGAAGGUUACCAAACAGCUGGUCUGUCAACGCCCUUUUCCGAUACUCUAUAAAAGCACGCCUUUUUAUCUUCUUUCUUCUUUUGCACUGCUACAUAGUUUUAUUUGGUGUUUUGAGAGCUCAAGCAGGACUUGACAACAACAGCAACAGCAACAACAGCAGCAGCGUAACCAACCCCCUCGCUUAUAACCUUUUUUCGACAAAAAGAUCAUGACAACAACAGUUACCUUGGAAUCCAGUUGCCAUGACAAUGUAUUGAGCAGCCAAUUCCUCUCAUUGUCACUGGAAGAAACAGCCGAUCACAGCAACAACGACAACAACAACAGUAACGGCGGCAACGGGGACGGCGCCAAGCACGGCAAUAACAAAGUCCAGCAUCGGUUGAACCGACUUGAACUUGAACAUGCAUACCUUGCCGAACAGAAUGCCCACUUGACCAAAGAACUGUCGUUUGCUCGCUAUACCAUCCAUGCGCUACGCAACAUCACCACUCAAAAAGACACGGCUCUGCAGGAAACCAGGCAGGAACUGGACAGAGCCUACUUCCGCAUCAGGAUGUUGGGAAUGACUUUAUUGAGACAAGAGCAACAGCUUUUACUACAUCAGCAACAACGACAGGAUUUCUUGUCGUCGUUGUCACCCUCAUCAUCCUCGUCUUUGACAUCCUUUGAAAAGGAGAAAAAGGAAGAAGGAAAGAAACAAGAGGAGGAGUUUUAUCAAGAACAAGAACAGCUACUUCAACAACAGCCCACCCCACCCGAAUCACCUCGUGCUAUACUCGACCUCGACCAGCAACAGCAGCAGCAGGAGCAAAAGUGUCUACCAUCGGAUGAAGAAUUUCGCUAUCAUCAUCAUCCUUAUCAACAUCAACAUCAUCAUCCUCAUUCGCAUCACCAGCAGCAACACAUACAGACCCUAUCAACAGCAGUAUCUCCAUCAUCUCCACCUCUUUCAUCAUCAUCGUCAUCACCGUCCUCAAAGUAUCAUUGCUAGUACUGCAAUUUGACUUUUGUGUAAUAAAGAAGGACCUUGUAAAUUUUAGUUAACCCCUCCCAACUAACCCCCCCCCGAUAACGGUCUUCACAAAUAUAAGCUCUCUUUGCACAUGCAUUUCUUUUUUUAUAUUUUUAUCUUCAGAAACGGAUAUACUUUUCUUCUCUUCUAUAUCAUGAGUGUUGAUAGUGUAUACGUAACAUGCAUACACACACACACACACACACACACACACUCUACUCUCACACUAUCAAAAUAAAC